UUCACUCGAAGGCGGCCAGCAGCUCCCAAAGCAGCCAGCAGUCAACAUCGACCAAGCUCCGUUCACCAGGAUGAAGAAGAAGCUGAUCAUAGACGCAGACAUCGGGGUGGACGAUGCUCAGGCCGUCAUGGUGGCCAUCGCGGACCCCGAUGUAGAGAUCUUGGGUAUCAUCUGCUGCUACGGCAACACCCCCCUGGAGAACGUCCUCCAGAACACGCUGCGUGUCCUGAAAGUCUGCAACCGGCUGGAUAUCCCGGUGUACCGCGGCUGUUCAGGGCCGCUGCUGGCCCGUAAACGCCACGCUGGAGAUUACCACGGGAAGGACGGGCUGGGGGACGUCCCGGAUCAGGACUCUCCGGGCCUGGACCUGCUGCAGAAGAAAAGAGGUGUGCCGGCGAUGAUCAAGCUCAUCAACCAAAACCCUGGAGAGGUGAGCCUGGUGGCCGUGGCGCCCCUCACCAACCUGGCCGUCGCCAUACAACUGGACCCCUCCCUCCCCAAGAAGCUGAAGGCGCUCUACAUCAUGGGGGGAAACACUGACUCCAGAGGUAACACCACCGUGUGUGGAGAGUUCAACUUCGUGGCUGACCCCGAGGCGGCCUACAUCGUGCUGGACCGCUACACCUGCCCCACCUACAUCGCCCCCUGGGAGUUCACCUGCAGGAACAGCCUGCCGUGGUCUUUCUGUGACCGCUGGCUGGGCCAAACCACUGAGAAGGCUGCCUUCAUGCAAAAGAUUACAUCCCUCUCCAUGAAGAAAGCUCAGUCGGCAGACUAUCAGAAGGAGAUCACGGAGGGGAAGGGGUUUAACUCCUGCGACACCUACGCCGUGGCGGCCGCCAUCGACGACACCUUCAUCAUCGAGAGUGACGAGGUGGCAGUGACAGUGGAGUUGGAGGGGAUCCACACCCGAGGCAUGAUGGUCCUGGACUACAUGGACCUGCUCAAGAAGAAGCACAAGGUCUUCAUCAUGAAGAGCAUCGACCUGGAGAAGUUCAAACAACUGUUGAUGAACGCCUUCCCAAUACUCUCGGGGGUUCUCCAAUCUUCCGAUGUUUGCUUCACCCAGGUACGCUUGGACCUCCACUGUUGCGUCCGCAGUGACAUUUGGGGUCCUCGUCUGCAGGACUGUGGUGUCUAAACGAUGCCACAGUUUGCUACCUAAAACAAACAAACAGGCUGUAAGUGACUAAAUACAAUAACACAAUACAAAAGUAUCCAGCAUCCAUAACCUUGAGUCACAAGCUGAGACGCUCCAGAUGCGUGCGGUUCUGUUGACGAUGAGGAGGAGGAGGAAGACGCACUGUUUCGGACAACAGCACAUUCAGAAGUGAGCCUCCUCUUGGUAGCUGCUGCUUUAUUGGGGCUAAAGAAGCCAAUCUUUUUAAACCUAGGAUCAGAUGCUAAUGCUAGAUUUGAGCUAUAUGUGGCCUUUAUGAAAGAGAAAAUGUUGUGCUUAAUGUCCACAUGUAUAUAUGAAUAUCAUCUAAUUAAUGUGUACACUCGUAAGAGUUAAUUUCUGUUUCAUUUGUUCCAUAGCUCUUACAGUGAUUUCUGGAAAUUAAUGGAAAAGUAGAAACUCCUAAAUUUAUGUUCGUCAUUAAGACUCAUGGUUGAACAUGAAUAAAAGCAAUUCUGGAAACAUCA